CUCCAAACCGUCAACAUAACUCUUCGUAUCUUGUUUAGGCCUCAGCCGGACUUACUCCCCCGAAUUUAUUCCAAUCUUGGUGUUGACUUUGAUGAGCGAGUUCUCCCUUCUAUCACAACUGAGGUUCUUAAAGCAGUUGUGGCUCAAUUCGAUGCCAGUGAACUGAUAACCCAACGUGAGCUUGUGAGUCAGCGAGUCAAUGAAUAUUUGACUGAGCGGGCGUCUUCAUUUGGAAUUCUUCUAGAUGACAUCUCUUUAACUCACUUGUCCUUUGGAAAAGAAUUCUCAGAUGCCGUUGAGGCUAAACAGGUUGCGCAGCAAGAAGCGGAGCGUGCACGCUUUCUCGUUGAGAAGGCUGAACAGCAAAAACUCGCCUCCAUAAUCUCAGCCGAAGGCGAUUCGGAAGCUGCUAUUCUCAUUUCUAAGGCCCUCGGUUCCUCUGGAGAAGGUAUAAUCGAACUUAGAAGGAUAGAAGGUGCUGAGGAAAUUGCCUACCAUUUAUCAAAAAGCAGAAACAUUACUUACCUCCCCGACAAAAUAAACGCGUUUAUUACUUUACCUCAAUAG